AUGACUCCAGCCUGGAGACACUUGCUGAGAGCUUGGCACCUGCAGACCUCCUCUCCCAGGAUCACCAAGAUGUGCCCUUCCUUGAGCCCAGGUGCUUUCUGGACAUCUGUUGCAAAUCUUGGUCUUCAUACAAAACCCAGAAUGCCUCCAUGUGACUUCACACCUGAAAAAUACCAGUCCCUCACCUAUGAACGUGUCCUGGAGAUCCACAAUCACCAUCUUAUUCCCACGCGGAUUGCGUAUUUUCGGAAGCCUUUGUUGCUUCACCAGGGUCACAUGGAGUGGCUGUUUGAUUAUGAGGGCAACAGAUACCUGGAUUUCUUUUCUGGGAUUGUCACGGUCAGCGUCGGUCACUGCCACCCGAAGGUAAAUGCGGCGGCACAGAAGCAGCUUGGACGCCUGUGGCACACAAGUGCCCUCUUCUUCCACUCUCCAAUCCAUGAGUUCGCAGAGAAGCUUUCGGCACUUCUUCCCGAGCCUCUAAAGGUCAUUUUCUUGGUGAAUAGUGGCUCAGAAGCGAAUGACCUAGCCAUGCUGAUGGCCAGAGCACAUUCAAAUAGCACAGACAUUAUUUCAUUAAGAGGAGCCUACCAUGGGUGCAGUCCUUACACACUUGGCCUGACAAACGUAGGGUCCUACAAGAUGGAGCUCCCCAGCGGGUUGGGCUGCCAAUCGACAAUGUGCCCAGAUGUUUUCCGUGGCCCUUGGGGAGGAAGCCACUGCCGAGAUUCUCCGGUGCAAACAAUGAGGAAAUGCAGCUGUGCACCAGACUGCUGCCAAGCAAAGGACCAGUAUAUUGAACAGUUCAAAGAUACUCUGAACACUUCUGUGGCCAAAUCAAUUGCUGGAUUCUUUGCAGAGCCAAUUCAAGGGGUGAACGGAGUCGUUCAGUACCCAAAGGGGUUUCUCCGGGAAGCCUUCGAGCUGGUGAGAGAGCGGGGAGGCGUGUGCAUCGUGGAUGAGGUGCAGACAGGAUUUGGAAGGCUGGGCUCUCACUUCUGGGGCUUCCAAACCCAUGGCAUCCUGCCAGACAUUGUCACCAUGGCUAAAGGGAUUGGGAAUGGCUUUCCCAUGGCAGCAGUGGUGACAACUCCAGAGAUUGCCAAGUCUCUGGCUAAACGCAUUUUUCACUUCAACACCUUUGGAGGGAACCCCAUGGUCUGUGCCAUUGGGUCAGCGGUGCUCGAGGUGAUUAAAGAAGAAAAGCUACAGGAAAACAGUCAAGAAGUUGGCACCUACAUGCUACAGAAGUUUGCUGAGCUGCGGGAUGAGUUUGAGAUUGUCGGAGAUGUCCGAGGCAAAGGCCUCAUGAUAGGAAUAGAAAUGGUGAAGGAUAAGGUGAGCAGCCAGCCCCUUCCCCAGGAAGAAGUCAAUGAAAUCCAUGAGGACUGCAAACGCAUGGGGCUUCUAAUUGGCAAAGGCGGUAUUUUUGCUCAGACAUUCCGCAUCACGCCCUCAAUGUGCAUCACUAAACCAGAUGUUCAUUUUGCAGUGGAAGUAUUUCGGUCUGCCUUAAUCCAACACAUGGAGAGAAGAGCUAAAUAAAUUUUUAAAAAAUAAAAAAACAACAAGCUUCAAGAACUUCCCCACUUAUGUUCAAGGGUUAACUUGAGGAAUUCAGUUAGAUAAUUGGUAUAAGUUGUAUAGGACAUGGUUGACUGCCUAUCAGCCAAAUGUGUUACCAGAGUCCCCAUUAUCUUGAGAACUCCAUCCUUCAGGAAAGGAUCUUUAACCCUAGCUCGGAGAAUAAAUCCUAAUUAUUCUAGGUUAGUUACCGUCAUUUAGCUCCCCCUGUCAGGAUUGGUUUAUGCAUGACAUGUGACCUAUUUGGGGACGACGAAUCCUGAAGGAAAAUAUUUUGAUGGAGGUGCCUUCAG